AUGGACGAUAUCGAGGUUCAGCGACUGGUCCAAACCGAGCUGUUCCAACUGGUCUACCUGGCAAUCCUGACGGGGAAUCUCCUCAUCCCCGCCAUCUCUGCCCUCUACCGACACCUCUACAACUCCAUGUGCUUCUUUCUCAGGCUCCUGUCCUUCAGUCAUCUUUGUCUCAUCUCCGUCACCGUGCCCAAAUCAAUCCUCAAUUCCCUGACCGACCCUGUCCGUCCUCACAACGAUGAUGACCACUCUGUGGCCAUCUGCCACCCUUUACGAUUUGACCUCACCAUGGACCGAAGGGCCUGUGGGCAGAUUGCGGCCACCUCCUGGCUCAGCAGGGGGCUCUUCGGGGUGUUGUACUCGGCCAGAACGUUCACAGUAAACUUCUGCAAGUCCAACGUGAUCCAGCCGUUCUUCUUUGACGUUUCCUCCUUACUGAAGAUCUCCCAUUCAGAAAUGCGCAUUGUCGUUGACAUCAGCGUGGCUGUGGCCUUGCCUUACCUCAAGCCCGUGACAGACACCCCCUUGACGCUGGACCUGCUGGUGUCCGUGUUGGACUCUGUGGUACCCCUUGCCUUGAACCCCCUCAUCUACAGCCUGAGGAACUGCGACAUGAAGAACGCCAUGGGGAAGUUGCUGGGUGUGAUAGGAUCGUCCUGA